AAGCACUUUUCAAUAAUCGUUCCAAAGGGUAGCUAACUUCGCUUAAUAAAAUCUUAUUUCAACCUUAUCGUUUAUUCAUUAUUAAUUAAGCUAGCAAUCAAAAAGAUUUUUGUUCCGCUCCGCUCUUCGUUACCGAAAAUAUAUAAAUAUAAGCAACACUAUCCCAAAGAAAGUAAGCGCUCAUUUUCUUACUUGCAAGCUCGACAAGAUAGGUCAAACGCUUUCACACAUUUUUUAUAAAAGAUGACUGUCGGAUUGGAACAAUCGAAUUUAUUUAAACCGAUUACUAUUGGUAAAAAUACACUGGAUCAAAGGGUAGCUUUCGCUCCUACAACAAGAUUCCGUGCUGCAGAUGAUCAUACUCCAAGCGACUUGAUGCUACAAUACUAUUCUGAUAGAGCACAAGCUCCUGGUUCGUUGCUCAUUACGGAAGCCACUUUCAUUUCUCCUCGCGCUGGCUUAUACCCUAAUAUUCCUGGCAUUUGGAAUGAGAAACAUGUUCAAGGAUGGAAAAAGAUUACUGAUGCAGUACAUGCUAAAGGAAGCUAUAUGGCGUGUCAAUUUUGGUUCUUAGGAAGAGUUGGAUCCCCAGAGCUUUUGAAAAAGCAUGGCUUGGAUUUGAUAUCUCCCUCUGCUUUAUAUGAAAGCGAAGAGUCUAAGAAGGCUGCAGAAGCUGCAGGCAAUCCUGUGAGAGCAUUGACUGAAAAGGAAAUCAAGGGCAUUAUUUAUGAAGAUUACAAGAAUGCAGCAAUCAAUGCUAUGGAAGCUGGAUUUGAUUAUGUGGAAAUUCAUAGUGCACAUGGAUACAUGCUUGAUCAAUUCUUACAGCCCGCUACGAAUCAAAGAACAGAUAACUAUGGUGGUUCUAUUGAGAAGCGUGCAAGAAUCGUGCUUGAGAUUAUCGACCUUUUAAGCGAUACAAUUGGUGCUGAAAAGCUUGCAAUCAGAUUGUCUCCUUGGGCCAAAUUCCAAGGAAUGAAAGCUGAACAAGAUACUGUGCAUCCUAUUACCACAUUUAGUUAUGUGGUGAAUGAGCUUCAAAAACGUGCAAACAAUGGUAAACAGCUUGCUUAUCUUUCCCUUGUGGAACCUAGGGUCCAAGGAAACUUGGAUGUCAACACAUCUGACAUUGUUGGUUCCAACGACUUUAUAAAAAAAUUAUGGAAAGGAGCCAUUUUGCAGAGUGGUAAUUAUACUUAUGACAGUCCUGAGUUUAAGUUAUUGAAGGCUGAUGUCAAUGGUGACAACCGUACUAUGAUUGGAUUCUCGAGAUAUUUUACAUCAAAUCCAGAUUUAAUUGAUAGAUUAAAGAAGGGUCUUGAGCUUACUCCUUACGUUCGUUCUUUGUUCUAUGCUACUAACAACUAUGGUUAUAACACUUUCGCAAAUUAUGGCAAGGAAUUGCAAUUUGAUCCCAAAAAAGAAGAAAAGAGACGUCCUGUUUCUUUGAUCUGAAAUUCGAUUUAUGACGAAUGUUGAAAGGCUAAUAAAUAUCGGUUUGAAUAGUAUGGUAGUCAAUGUUGCCUUUCGAUUCUUAAUGCUUUACAUGGAUAGAAAAGAGAGUUAUGCUAAGCUACCGCGCAAACUGUGGUAACAAUUAUAUUUUCUUUCGUAGUGAAGUCAACUGAUUAGCAAAUGAUAAUAAAGUUGUUCUUCCGGUAAUACGAUGAAUGCCAUGGAUUUUGCUUUAUUUUUGAGGCUUCUUUUUCGCUUCUCAACACACAUUACUUUACUUUGUAACUAGGAAAGUAUCCAAAUAGUUUGUGAUAUCAAAAUGAAACCUUUAUUUUAUGCUUUUGGAAGAGACGAUAAAGAGUAAAGGUUAGUUGAGAAUUAAGUAUUGUUAUAGUAAAUACAUAUCAUCUUCCUUGGGAUCGUUUCGAAUCACAUUGUCAUCCAGAAUAAUAUUUGACGAUGAUCUAAUUCACAGAGUGGUAAAUAUCGCCUAAUUUAUUUGUAAACAAGACAUUGCAUCUUUGAAUUCCCUCUUAGGUCUAUUUUACCGGAGUUUAUUUAACCCCCUCCAAGGAACUAGGCAUACAAAACCUUUAUCGGGAGGGAGCUUUACGCUUACAAAAGUCCUUAACAUAUUUAAAAUAAACAGGCGAUAUCAAUGUUUACGCUACUUUACAGCCGCAAAUUUUUACUGAGUUAGGAUGAUAUAUAAAGAAG